AUGGAAAAUAACAGCAUGGCAGUGACAGAAUUUAUCCUCCUGGGCCUUUCUCAGAAUCCCAGAGUACAGACCCUUCUCUUCUUCCUUUUCCUCACUGUCUACAGCACAACCUGGCUUGGAAACCUCAUCAUUAUAUUCACCGUGGUCAUCACACCCAACCUCCAUAUGCCGAUGUACUUUCUACUAGCCAACUUGGCUGUCAUAGACAUCAGUGAAUCAACAGUCACAUCACUUAAAAUGUUGUGGGAUCUAUUUUCCCAUACUCAUACCAUAUCCUACAAUUGGUGCAUUGCACAGAUCUUCUUCAUUCAUUUAACUGGGGGUGCAGUGGUCUUCUUACUUGUGGUGAUGGCAGUGGACAGGUACAUAGCAAUUUACAAGCCAUUGCAAUAUUUAAUUAUCAUGAACCAAGGAGUUUGUAUAGGUUUGGUAACAGGGGCAUGGUUGAGUGGCUUUGCUCACUCCAUUGUCCAGAUCGGAAUUCUCAUUCAGCUACCCUUCUGUGAAUCCAAUAUCCUGGACAAUUUCUUCUGUGACACCCCUCAACUCAUCAGACUAGCAUGUACCGACACAUAUAUCCCAGAGCUGCUGAUGGUUUGUAACAGUGGACUACUCCUCACAUUGAUCUUCUUCAUCUUACUUGUGUCAUACACUGUCAUCUUGGUGAAGAUUAGACCACAUGUCACAGAAGGGAGACACAAAGCCCUUUCUACCUGUACUGCACAUAUCAUGGUAAUGAGCUUAAAUUUUGUUCCAGGAAUGUUCAUUUAUGACCGGCCUUUCAAGAUAUUUCCAGGAGACAAGAUUGCCUCAGUCCUCUACAGCCUUUUAACACCAAUGCUGAACUCAAUGAUCUUCACUUUGCGCAACACAGAGAUAAAGAACACAAUUAGAAAACUCAUUAGAAAAAUUCUGCUUUCCAAAAGGACAGAAUCAUCACUGUGUGUUUGCUAG